GUGACGAACCCAUUACCAUUCACACACCGACUCUCACGCACGCGCAUCACGCAGAGGAUUCAUAAACAGCCCGGAUAUUUUACCGUCACCAGUGAGGAGGCGGGGAGCAGCAGCUGGAGCAGGAGAAGGUCCGCAGAGGAGCCGGGCAUGUCCAAACAUAUCUGAGCAGACCGGCCAGCCACCUGUCACUGAAGAAGCUUAUAGGUUAUUAUCCUUACAGUCAGGCGGCCUGAAAAAGUCGGUGUUUAAAAUCAGGUUAAUGGAUAUAUCUGCUGUAGAUUGCACAGUGUAAGUCUGAGUUCAGGUCAUGUCCUUACCGGUCAAAGUGAUUAGAGACGGGCUGUUGGAGAAGCGCAGCAGCGGGCUUCUCCAGCUGUGGAAGAAGAAGCGCUGCGUCCUCACGGAGGAAGGACUCCGUCUGCACAGCUGCAAAGGCGGCGGUAAUAACACGCAGGGGUCGGCGUGGACAUCCGGGGCCAAGGAGUUACUCUUCGAGCGCAUGGAGACAGUGGAGUGUGUGGAGUACAAGAGAGGAAUGGUGUACUUCACCGUGGUGAUGGCAAAAGGAAAGGAAAUAGACUUUCGGUGCGCGCAGGAGGGCACCCUGUGGAACGCGGAGAUCGCCUUGGCUCUGGUCCGGUACAAGAACCAGCAGGCCCUCUUAACCGGGAGGAACCGGUACCUUUACGCAGCGCAUUAGGCAGCAGCGGGGAGGAUGAGGCGCUCUGGCUGGAAGCUUCUCUACCUCCUGAGUUCGGAACUUGUCAAGGGUGAAGAAAGACCUCCACAUCUAUUGUCUUAUCUCUCUGCUACACUGUAUCGUGGGAUACCUAACAGUGACUAUGGAUCAUAGGACCAAAAGCACUCUGAUGAUUUUACGCGGAAUGACAGUGUUUGUCUGUCAUGACUUAAAGAUGCCUAGUCACGUACUAUGUCUACACCAAUAACCAUAUGUUCAUAUUUAAAUAAAGCAAUCAACCUGAUAGUGAUUGCUUAGUGUCUUUUGAGCCUGAAGAGAAUUAUUCCACCAGGCGAGACACCAGCUAUCAUAUUUUGUUUUAAUUGCUACUUGUGUAAUAUCCCUUUUGAUAUGAUUUUUUGUUUUUGUUUUCGCUUUUUCACACUUACAAUUUCUUUUAACACAUCCGCUGGUAGUUCCUUAACUCCAUUACUUCCUUGUUUACCCAUUCAUGCUAAACGUUGUACCUCCGGUCAUGUGGUGUUAUUAUAGUAAAUACAUGAAACGCUCUCAUCCGUUAACAAAUGGUAAAAAUAAAGUGUAAAAUACAGAAAUAAAAUAUAUUAAGCCAACAGGGCACCACGGUUUAGAAAUAAAAAACAUUUGUAUGCAAUCUAUGUGAGAUAAGUGUAGAAAUCCAUAAAGUCAUAGUACGUGACUCAGACUCCUUGAACCGUUGGAAGACUCCUGCAUGUUAAAAAGCAUUAAAAUCAAAGUUUAAUACAUUUUACCUUUUGUGCCUUACUCUUUAAAAGAUAUCACUCCAAACAUCAAUAGAAAUGAUUUUGACAUAGGAGUAAGAACGGCACAUUUUUGUUACAGACUGAACAGAUGCAUGAAGUUUAAUAUGAAGAAGAAAAUUGUUGCAAAUUCAAGUUUACUGAUAUGAUGUACAGUAUUACAGAUAAAUAAAGUCAUUCUUAAAAGA